AUGACACAGAAAGAGGAAGACCGCCAUACUUUCUACGCGGGGAAACCCCAACCGUCGUCAAAGUCAACAGGCCAUUUUGACUCGAUUGAUCCAUCAAACGGCGAGCCCCUGUGUAGGAUACACACCUCGUCACAUGAAUCUAUCGAUGCCGCCGUGAAGUCCGCCCAGGGAGCGUUUCCCUCAUGGUCAAGCACACCACCGAUUGAACGGGCGCGGAUCCUCCAGCGCGCUGUGGCCCUCCUGCACCAGUACAAUGACGAGCUCGCGCGCGUCGAGACCCUGGAUACCGGGAAGCCCUUCUCGGAGACGUCAACGGUGGAUAUCGUCACGGGUGCCGACGUGCUCGAGUAUUUCGCCAACCUGGUAGCCAGCGGCGGGCUGAACGGCGAGCACUUCCGGUUGCGGCCCUCCGCUUCGGUCUACACCACCAAGGAGCCCCUCGGCGUGUGUGCUGGCAUCGGCGCCUGGAACUAUCCCAUUCAGAUCGCUCUGUGGAAGUCGGCGCCGUGCUUGGCGGCCGGCAACUGCAUGGUCUACAAGCCCAGCGAGUUCACACCGCUGCAUGCCGAGUACCUCGCUGGAGUCUAUAGGCAGGCUGGGUUGCCCGAGGGUGUCUUCAACGUUGUCUAUGGCGCUGGCGACGUUGGUGCGUAUCUGACGACACAUCCAGCUAUUGCAAAGGUCAGCUUCACAGGACAGGUCGGCACAGGAAAGAAAGUGGCUGGAUCUGCGGCUGGGGGCAUGAAGUAUGUGACUAUGGAGCUUGGCGGGAAGAGUCCGUUGGUCGUUCUCCCCGAUGCGACAGUCGACCAGGCGGUAGAUGUUGCGAUGAUGGCAAACUUCUUCAGCUCCGGACAGGUAUGCACCAACGGAACGCGGGUGUUCGUCCCGCGCGCCAUGAAUAAGGAGUUUGAGAGGAACCUUCUCGAGAAGGUGCCGUUUGUACGUGCAGGCGACCUGUCGGACCCUGCGACCAACCUCGGACCUCUAAACAGCAAGGUCCACCACGCCAAAGUGCUCGAGUACAUCCGUCGGGGUAUCGAUGAGGACAAAGCGACCUUGCUCUGCGGCGGGAUAGACGCUCCCGCCAACCUACCCUCCAAUCUGCAAAAGGGAUACUGGGUCCAGCCGACUGUCUUCACGGACUGCACGGACGACAUGGCCAUCGUGAAGAACGAGAUCUUUGGCCCCGUCAUGGCGAUCCUGCCCUACGACACGAUCGACGAGGCCGUUCAGCGCGCCAACGCCACGGAGAUGGGCCUCGCGGCCGGCGUCGUCGGCAGGGACAUCGACCACUGCCAAAGCGUCAUUUCGAAGCUCGAGGCUGGCAUCACAUGGGUGAAUACGUGGGGCGAGUCGCCGGCCGAGAUGGCCGUCGGUGGCUGGAAGCAGAGCGGUGUUGGUGUUGAGAAUGGCCGGAGGGGGCUCGAGGCUUGGGUCAGGAAUAAGAGUACCCUGGUUGAGAUGGGUGGGAGUGUGGCUACUGUGUUCUCGAAGUUGUAG